AUGAGCGACCACGAUUCCAGGAUCACGCCAGACCAGCAGGUGCUGGACAGCGAUGCCGUCGCCCUGCAAGAGUCUAAGCUGCAGAGGGGGGAGGGGUGCGCCGACGACCCGCUGUGGCGGGACGCGGACGGCGACGGCUGCGAGAUCUACCGGUUCGCCAUCGAGUCCGGGAAGGGCACGAGGGAGCUGAUCUGCAACGGCGGCGGCGAGAACCCGCCCUCCGUGGCGCUCCGCGGCGCUCCCAGGGCAUGGGUGGCGGAUGCCACCGCGCGGGUGUUCUGCCCCGUCACGUGCGGUGUGUGCUGA